AUGUCUCGUGUUAAAGCUAAAAAACCUUCACUAUGUACCUGCGAACUACUGACAAAAGAUAUUAUUACUAAAUCAAUCUCUGUACUAAGAGAAAUUGUGAGCUCUUGCUAUGGCCCUUCUGGUAGACUGAAGCAGCUACACAAUGGUGUUGGAGGUUCUGUUUGUACAACAUCAUCAUCAUCAUCCUUGUUCAGUAACCUUUCUGUCAUCCAUCCUAUAUUAAAGAUUUUGACAACCUCUGUGCAAAAUCACGUAUCACGUUUUAGUGACUGUGGCUUAUUCACAGCCAUUCUCUGUUUUAAUUUGGUUGAACAUUUUCAGAGAUUAAACUUGUCAAGUGCUACUGUCAUUAAAAUAAGUAAGCAUCUUUUGAGUCUCUGCAUUGACUAUCUCAACUCUGAGAUCUGUGGCUGCCGAAUCUCUGUAGAUUUUAGCAAUUUGAAGACUCUCCUAUGUUUGGUGCAAAGCAUAUUAACAAGCAAGCCUGCUUGCCUACUCAACAAAAAAGAAGCUGAUCAUAUCAGUACUUUGAUUCUGAAAACAUUUUUGCUUACAAUUCCAGAAAAGGCUACAGAUCAUGCUAUUUUGGGGAAAAGUAUAAUUAUACCUUUAAAAGAUGAAAGAGUUAUGGAUUCUACUGUAUUGCCUGGAAUAGUCAUUGAAAUGCCAGAAGUACAAUUGAUAAAGUGUCCUAUCAAAAAAUUACCCUCAGAUUCCCUGAAGGUGGCACUUUUUUGUAUAUCUAUGUCUGGAGAUAUUUCUGACCCUGGAGAAGGAACACUAGUGAUCAGUUACGGAGUUUCUCUUGAAAGUGCAGUCUUGGACCAGCUGCUUAACUUGGGAAAUCGGCUCAUUAAUGAUCAUGUAAAUGUUGUUGUGUGCCAAAAAGUUAUACAUCCAGCUUUGAAGCAAUACCUCCAUCAGCAUCACAUUAUUACCAUAGACAGAGUUGGAAUAUCUCUGAUGGAACCCCUGGGUGAAAUGACAGGUGCACAACCUAUUGGUUCCCUGAAUUUUAUCUCACCUACAAGUUAUGGAUAUGUGAAGGAUUUGUGCACUGUGAAUUUUGGUUCAAAACACUACUUUCAUUUAAUUCCUAAUGAUUCAACUGUCUGCAGUUUGCUUCUCUGUAACAGAAAUGAGACUUCCUGGAAUGAACUGAAGCUUGCAUGUCAAACAGCACAGCAUGUCUUACAGUUAACAAUCAGGGAACCUUUGGCUUUGCUGGGAGGUGGCUGUACUGAAACCCACUUGGCUUCUUUUUUAAGAAAUAAGGUUGCCAGUGUUCCAGAAUGUGUCCUCAAAGUCAAUGACUGUACCGAAAUAGAAUACAAAAUAAUUGCUGAUGCAUUUUGCAAUGCACUACAAUCUGUUGCUUGCUCUCUAGAACAUGAUAAGGGUAAAAUUCUUAUUGAUAGGAAAUAUGGACACUUUUGGUCAAUUCAACCAGAUUUUCCGUCAAAUGUGAAAUGGCAAGAUUUGGUUUUAAAAUGUGGUUGUGGACUCUUUGGUAACCAAGAAGACCUAAAUUGGUGCUUCUUACAAGGCAUUCAUUCUUUUUCUCUACAAAAUGCUUCUAUCCAACAAGUCACAAACUCAACUGACCAUCUGACUUUGGACUGUUUUACUGCAAAGCUUCACGGCCUGCAAGUUGCUGUGGAGACAGCCAGUCUGAUUUUGGAUCUGUCAUACAUCAUUGAAGAUAAAAACUGAUCUGAAUUUCAAGUGCAUAUUGAAAAAAAUGUUUAUGUGAAAAAAUCCUCAAAGUAGAAAAAAUAUUGAACAUUUUAACUCACUCUGAAUAUUUUCUACUCUUAUGAAUAUUAACUCUUUUUUGAGUUAAUCAACUCAUUUGAUUAGACCAUUUAAAGUAAGCAAAAUUAUAACUUAAGUGGAGGUAUUCACCCAACAGUAAGCUGAUAGACUAUUGUUAAAGGAACUUUAAUAAUUAUUUAAAUUUAGCAGCUACUGCAUAACAUCUUACUUUAUUCUGAAUAUUUCCUUAUUUAUCUUUCAAUAAAUAUGAAAUAGACAAAAGAA